GGGCCUCGGGCGCCCCGGCGACCAUGGCCGGGGGCCGCGGGAAUGGGAGCGCGGGGCCCUGGGGCCGCCUCCGAGUUCCCGGAGGCCCCGGGAGGGCGCGGCCGGGGUCCGAUCGUUUUGUUGGACGGCGCCACUGCCGGGGCGGCCGGAGAGGCACGGAAGCCGGGAGUGAGACGCAGGGGGGGAGCGCACGCAGACGAAAGCCCGGGGAUCCCGGGGCGUUGGCGACGGCUGGGUGCGCGCUGCGGCCUUGGCUGCCAAGAGGCCGCGGCGGGGUCACUUCCUCGCUUCUCCAAGGCCUUGGUGGCGGCUCAGGCGGGGCAUGCGCAGUCCCCCACUUGUCGCUUCGCGGCGGGGGGGAAGUGCUUGGUGCCCAGGGGCACCGUUGACCGAUUGGCCAAAGAUCCAGAGGCCAGCCCGGGGCCUCGCAUGGGGAGAGGGGGCCGAGCGGCGCGCCGGGCAGGGUGGAGGAGGGCGGCUCUGGCAGGCACCGUGGCGUGGGCAGCCGGCCAGCCACUGGCUCCUGCGCAGUGCCAGGCCGCGGGCGGGACGCGGGGACACACAGGAGAGGGUGGCCCCAGCGCUGGCCUGCAGGGGGCUCCCUGCCCCCUUGAAGCUCCGCGGUGGAGUUUGGGGGGGGGGCGAGAACGAGGCGACGUUGGGCUGAGCCCCAGAGCUUGGGAGCGCCUUGCAGGUGCCGCGGAUUUCAAAACGUGACUCAAGCCCUGGCCCUCAGCCUCUGCCCCUGAGUGUCCGUGGCGGCGUGAUCCCUUGUCACUUGGAACCUCAUGCAGCCGGAAGCCGAGCCUAGCGGGGCGGAGGCCUGCAGCCGAUUCCUGCCCCAGCAGUCACAGCGCCCCGAGGGGGCGGGGGACGCCAUGAUGUUCGCCUCCACCGAGUGCAAGGCCGAGGUGACGCCCUCCCAGCAUGGCAACCGCACCUUCAGCUACACGCUGGAGGACCACACCAAGCAGGCCUUCGGGAUCAUGAAUGAGCUGCGGCUCAGCCAGCAGCUGUGUGACGUCACGCUGCAGGUCAAGUACGAGGACACGCCGGCCGCCCAGUUCAUGGCCCACAAGGUGGUGCUGGCCUCGUCCAGCCCGGUCUUCAAGGCCAUGUUCACCAACGGGCUGCGGGAGCAGGGCAUGGAGGUGGUGUCCAUCGAGGGCAUCCACCCCCAGGUCAUGGAGCGGCUCAUUGAGUUCGCCUACACGGCGUCCAUCUCCAUGGGCGAGAAGUGCGUGCUGCACGUCAUGAACGGUGCCGUCAUGUACCAGAUCGACAGCGUCGUCCGCGCCUGCAGCGACUUCCUGGUGCAGCAGCUGGACCCCAGCAACGCCAUCGGCAUCGCCAACUUCGCCGAGCAGAUCGGCUGCGCCGAGCUGCACCAGCGCGCCCGCGAGUACAUCUACAUGCACUUCGGGGAGGUGGCCAAGCAGGAGGAGUUCUUCAACCUGUCCCACUGCCAGCUGGUGACCCUCAUCAGCCGCGACGACCUGAACGUGCGCUGCGAGUCCGAGGUCUUCCACGCCUGCAUCAACUGGGUCAAGUACGACUGCGAGCAGCGGCGCUUCUACGUGCAGGCGCUGCUGCGCGCCGUGCGCUGCCACUCGCUCACGCCGCACUUCCUGCAGAUGCAGCUGCAGAAGUGCGAGAUCCUGCAGUCGGACUCCCGCUGCAAGGACUACCUGGUGAAGAUCUUCCAGGAGCUCACCCUGCACAAGCCCACGCAGGUGAUGCCCUGCCGCGCGCCCAAGGUGGGCCGGCUCAUCUACACGGCCGGCGGCUACUUCCGCCAGUCCCUCAGCUACCUGGAGGCCUACAACCCGAGCGACGGCACCUGGCUGCGGCUGGCGGACUUGCAGGUGCCGCGGAGCGGCCUGGCGGGCUGCGUGGUGGGCGGGCUGCUCUACGCCGUGGGCGGCCGGAACAACUCCCCCGACGGCAACACCGACUCCAGCGCCCUGGACUGCUACAACCCCAUGACCAACCAGUGGUCGCCCUGCGCCUCCAUGAGCGUGCCCCGCAACCGCAUCGGGGUCGGGGUCAUUGACGGGCACAUCUACGCGGUGGGUGGCUCCCACGGCUGCCUCCACCACAACAGCGUGGAGAGGUACGAGCCGGAGCGGGACGAGUGGCACCUGGUGUCCCCGAUGCUGACCCGAAGGAUCGGGGUGGGCGUGGCCGUCCUCAACCGCCUGCUCUAUGCCGUCGGGGGCUUUGACGGGACGAACCGCCUUAACUCGGUCGAGUGCUACUACCCGGAGAGGAACGAGUGGCGGAUGAUCACCCCCAUGAACACCAUCCGAAGCGGGGCAGGGGUCUGCGUGCUGCACAGCUGCAUCUACGCAGCGGGGGGCUACGAUGGGCAGGACCAGCUCAACAGCGUGGAGCGCUACGACGUGGAGACGGAAACCUGGAGCUUCGUAGCCCCCAUGAAGCAUCGGCGGAGCGCGCUGGGGGUCACUGUGCACCAGGGAAAAAUCUACGUCCUCGGAGGCUACGACGGGCACACGUUCCUGGACAGCGUGGAGUGCUACGACCCAGACACUGACACCUGGAGCGAGGUGACCCGCAUGACGUCCGGCCGGAGCGGCGUGGGCGUCGCCGUCACCAUGGAACCCUGCCGGAAGCAGAUCGACCAACAGAACUGCACCUGUUGACGUGUUCCUUAGGCAGGGAUAAAAAAAAAAAAGAGCAAAGCACAGUCCCACGGAGAGUAUUGUUGUUCUUAACACAAAGACAAGGGCAAGGGCAAAGGCGGCCGGGAAGACGCGCACCUCCGGGGAGGGCAGGCCCCGAUGCCUCCGUGCCCGGAUGAGGACGUCGGGGAAGCAAGGCCAGAGCCGGCGCCGGGAGCCCCUCGGCGUCCUCCCGGAACGUCCCAGACGGCCUGCCUGGAAGGUGGCAGGGGACUGGUGGGCUCCCAGGAGCCAGGCCCCCACCCGCACUAGCUAGAGACUGAGCCUGGGUGUCCCCACCCCCAGCCGCCACCUGAUCCGCGCUGAAAGCCGGUGCCGAGGCCAGGCCGGGCUCUGUGCCCCGUGUCUUGGCUGUUGAACCUGGGAAGGGGCCAAGGGAAGCCUCGGAGGUGGAGGACCCGCCCCUGGAAGCCUGGUUCCCGUGGACACCCCCCCCACAACACACAGAGAGAGAAGCCACUGGAUUUCUCUGCCCUGGACAGUUCACUCUGUUGAUAAGUAACCUUGUAACUUUCCGAGGAAAAUAAACAAGCUAACUAGUGUCUUCCA